UUAUAACAUUCCUCUAAAAGGCAGCAAAAAUAUGAGCCAAGCACUGGCAGUAAAGAUUUCUGGAGAUAAAUCAACAUUUUAUAGAUGUGGAUUUAUUGGAGUGCAAGAUACAGUGUGGGAUGUACAAGGAAGACAUUAUUUCAAACUUUGCACUAUUGUUGGAGCUAUUGAUUUCAUCUUUGGUAAUGGUCAAUCUAUUUACGAGGUAAAAUUGUUUGCAGUUAUAUUUUUGUAUUUUGGUUAUUAAUUAUAAUACUAGACAAGUAGACAUGUUUGUUGUAUGGUUAUGUAAUUCAACUUGCCAUAAAGCUUGUCUCCUUGCCUAUUUGAUACCUUUUUUUUUUCUAGUUUAACUGUUUAUUUUUAUAAUUUUUUGAAAUUUCACUUGAAUUUGAAUAUUUCCAAAAAGUUGUUUUUACACUAUUGUGUUUAAUGUAUGUACAUAGGUUAUGAAUUUUAUAAUGGAUGUACAAGCUAUUGUGUAUAUGAAUGUGUAUCAUAGGUAUAUAUAGAGUGUAACGUAUACACAAUAUAUACACAUUGUAAACUAGAUGAUCGAAUGAUUCAGACCAAUAAUUAUCAUUAGUUUUUCUUUUGUUUCUUUAGUGACUCGAACCUAUAACCUCAAAGUUACUGAGGUUAUAGACAUAGUAUUUACCGUCCGAGCAACCUCUUUUGUUGACCCAAUUUUUUUUUUGUUUGAUAUAUGCAGAGAUGUGCCUUAGUAGUAAAUGCAGGAACAUUAAGUGGACCAGGAUCCAUUACAGCACAAGGAAGACAAAGUCAAUAUGAUCAAAGUGGAUUUGUUUUCAAAAAUUGUGAAGUUUAUGGAACUGGAUCUACUUAUUUAGGGAGGCCAUGGAGGGAUUAUGCUAGGGUUCUUUUCUAUAAUUGUUCAAUGUCAAACGUCGUCGUUUCGCCCGGUUGGGAUGUUUGGAAUUUAAGUGGAAAAGAGAAUCAAUUGACAUUUUCUGAGGAAAAAUGCAAUGGAAUUGGAUCAAACACUACACAAAGAGUGCCAUGGUUAACCAAGUUGAGCCAACAAGAGUUGCAACAAUUAACAAGCAUAUCAUUUAUUGAUAAUGAGGGUUGGAUUAUGAAGCAACCCCUCAAAGUACUUUAGAUAAUUAAUUAAUUAGUUUGAUUAGAUUAUUUAUGGGACUUAAUUAGUUAUUUGAAUGAGAGAUACACGUUCAAGAAUGUAACAAAAAUUAUGGGUAGAGAUUUUGAACUCUUAAUGAGCCCAUAUUGGAUUUUAAAUGUUGUUUUUUCCUUCUUUUUUACUUGUAAUGAUAAAUAUUAGAAGUAUAUUCCUAUUUUUGUGGGA